GGGGGUGAGAGAGGAGGUGACUCUCCGGCAGCAUUUAGACACAACGAAAGGAUCAUGGCGGAUGGCCCCAGGUGUAAGCGCAGAAAGCAGGCAAACCCGAGGAGGAACAACGUGACUAACUACAAUAGUGUGGUGGAGGCCGGCUCGGAGUCAGACGAUGAGGACAAGUUGCACAUCGUGGAGGAGGAAGGCAGCCUGCUGGACGGGGCAGACUGCGACAGCACCCUACCAGACGACGAGCACCCCAGGGAGCGCUGCUGGGACGGAGUGAAGGAGGAUUGUGUGUCAGACGCUGAGGAUGAUGUGAGCACAGACGCCCUAGUGGAGGAGAUGCUCCAGCAAGGAGACACGACCGUCAUUUACCCAGAGGCCCCAGAGGACGAGCCUCAACGCCAGGGCACCCCUGACGCCAGCAUCCAUGACGAGAAUGGAACUCCUGAUUCGUUCUCUCAGCUGCUCACCUGCCCGUACUGCGCGCGUGGCUACAAGCGUUACAGCUCUCUGAAGGAGCACAUCAAGUAUCGGCACGAGAAGACCGAAGAGAGCUUCAACUGCCCCGAGUGCAGCUACAGCUUUGCAUACCGCGCACAGCUGGAGAGGCAUAUGACGGUCCACAAGGGCGGAAGGGAUCAGAGACACAUCACACAGUCAGGAGGCAAUCGUAAAUUCAAGUGCACUGAAUGUGGCAAAGCGUUUAAAUACAAGCACCAUCUGAAGGAGCACCUACGCAUCCACAGCGGAGAGAAACCCUAUGAGUGCUCCAACUGCAAGAAGCGCUUCUCUCACUCAGGCUCAUACAGCUCCCACAUCAGCAGUAAGAAGUGCAUCAGCGUCAUCUCAGUUAACGGCAGAGCGCGCUUGGGGAACGCCAAAACCCAGACCCAGAAUCCAUCACCAGUGCUGCCCACGUCGCCCUCAGUCCUCAUUAGGGAGAAGCUUGAGCACAGCAAGCCACUGCAGGAGCAGCUGCCACUCAAUCAGAUCAAGACCGAGCCUGUGGACUACGAGUACAAGCCGACGCUGAUAACAUCCUCAGCUAUGGCCGCCAUGAACGGCGGAGUUUUCAAUGGCGGUGCUGCAGGUCCUCUGCAGGGCACACUACAGGCUGUGGUCCUGCCAACUGUGGGGCUGAUGUCACCCAUCAGCAUCAACCUGGCAGACCUGCAGAAUGCUCUCAAAGUGGCGGUGGACGGUAACGUCAUUCGCCAGGUUCUGGAAAGCAACGCCAAAGGCCAGGGGCAGGUGAACUCUGGGUUAACCACUGGAAUGCUCCAUCCCGCACAGCAGCAACUCAUCUCAGCCAUCAGUCUGCCUAUUGUGGGUCAGGACGGAAAUGCAAAAAUCAUUAUAAACUACAGUUUGGACCCCAACCAGGGCCAGCUCACAGCCCAUAACCUGAAGAAAGAGGUAACCUCUCCAGGUCAUGCUACCACUGACACCUUCAAUUCCCAGAAACUCCCAGAGGAUCUAACUAUCAGAGGCACCCGGCCCAAUGAGACUAAAGAAAAAGAGGAAAAGACCACUAAAACUUGUCUCCUGUGUGAUAACUGUCCCGGUGGGCUGGAAGCACUCCAUGCACUCAAGCACUGCAAGAAGGAUGGUCUCAGGCUGAACGGCGCAGGCCUGGAUAAGUCUGAGUCUGCUGUUGCUGCCUUGCUGUCAGAGGGAGGACUCUGUAACCAGCCCAAAAACCUCUUGUCCCUGCUCAAGGCCUACUUUGCCUUAAAUGCAGAGCCCACCAAGGAUGAGCUGGCCAAGAUCUCUGACUCAGUCAGCCUGCCAACCCAUGUGGUUAAGAAGUGGUUUGACAAAAUGCAGGAGGGUCAGAUAUCACUGGGUGCUCCAACACCUCCCUCAGAGGAAGAGGACACCUGUGAAGCUAACAGUGUGGUGUCUCUGGUCCAAGGGAAGGACACAGCCAAUAUGAGCCCGUCUGUGACCCAGGACAGCCCUACAGAAGCCACCCCAGCGGAGGUCAACGGCACUCACAGCUCUCCUGCCUCUCCCUCACCACUAAACCUAACAGCUGGCGGUCCUGUCCCAGCCCAGCCUCCCCAGAGCACUGAUGGACCCCUAGACCUGUCGCUGCCAAAGCUCGCCAGAGAGGAAGCGGAGGGAGUGGUGUCUAAAGCCCGCGUUUACCCCUCCCUUUCCUCUGGCUCUACCAAUGCGGAUGAACCCCUAAACUUAACUUGCACAAAGAAAGAAGCAUUGCCACUCUUAGCCAUGGGCGCCAGCCCCAUCGCACUGUUCGCCAGCCAGCAAAGUGUCAAGCCCAUCAACAUUGUGACCACAAUGCAAUGCCUAAGGGCACUAGCCACUAACAACAAACAGACUAUCCUGAUCCCCCAGCUGGCUUACACCUAUACCACUACAGCAAACAGCCUUGCUGGGAUCGAGAUGCAGGAAACCAUCCACCUCAACGGAGUGAAGGAGGAGAAGCAGGACACAGGCUCAGACGGCAUGUCCACCGUGGAGGAACAGAACGACUCCGACUCGGGCCCUCAGAGGAAGAAGAUGAAGAAGACGGACAGCGGCAUGUACGCCUGCGACCUGUGCGACAAGAUCUUCCAGAAGAGCAGCUCGCUGCUGAGACACAAAUACGAACACACAGGGAAACGACCUCACGAGUGUGGCAUCUGCAGCAAGGCCUUCAAACACAAACACCACUUGAUCGAACACAUGCGGCUCCACUCGGGGGAGAAGCCGUACCAGUGUGACAAGUGCGGCAAGCGCUUCUCACACUCGGGCUCCUACUCCCAGCACAUGAACCACCGUUACUCCUACUGCAAGAAGGAGACGCAGAUCCAAGGCGAGGGCCGGGAGAGCCCCGAGGAGGACAGCGAGGCUCAGGCGGAGAUGGAGGCGCUGAGCCGGCUGCAGCGGCUCCUAGCCCCCUCCCAGCAAGACUUGGACGAGCGAGGGAGCAGUACCCGAGAUGACGAGGAGAGCGAGGAGGAGGAGGACGCUGCGGUGGACAUGGAUGACAUCCAGGUGGUGCAGAUUGGGGACGAAGGAGGGGAUGACGAUGACGAAGAGGAGGAAGAGAGGAAUGAGGAGGAAAUAGAGAGAAUAUCGGUGGAGGGAGGAGGAGAGGAGGAGAAGACAGAGGAAGAAGAGGAGGCUGACACAAGGCAGGAGGAGGUGCUCGGGAGCAUUCAAGAAGAGGAGGAAGUCAAGAUGGAGGAAGAGGAGGCGAUGGAUACAGAAGAAGGGGUGACGGAAGAGGGCAAAGAAGAGGAGGAGGUGACAGAGGAGAGUGGAGGCGAAAUAGACAGUAACACGGUUUCGGAAGAGCAGAAUGAGACGCCGCAGGAGAAAGGAGAUACUGACUAAAAGAGGAGUCAGACUCCUCCAUGAGACACAAUCAGAUUCCUCCUCUCCCCGUGAAGAGGAAGAACGCAGGAGAUGAUGUUUGGUCACUCUGACAGUUCGUUUCAGUUCACUACUGUGUAGAAAUCCAGGUGUGCCUGAAAAAAUACUAGUGACUUUUCCGCAGGAGAACGAUUUCUCGCUGUAAGAAAAAUCAAUUUGUAAAGAAAAAGAUGAAGACGAACACAAAUUUUAACAAACGAAGGAAAUGCAUUAUACAGACUUUGGAAGCUAGAGCCGACAUGUUUUAGAUAAUGUUUUAUUACUAAAACACCUUGGGUCAUUUCUUUUUAUCAGUGUUACUAAUUUUAUCACUCAUAUUUUAACCUUUAAAAGCUGUACAGUUGGGAGAUAUUUCUAUACCUUUUUAUUGCCAAUGAACAAAAAAAAGUCAGUAUUUUAUUAAGUUGGAAGGAAAAUAAGAAAAAUCCUGUGCACUACAAGUGGCUUGGUUUACCUAUGGAUUAAGCAGUUGAGUUGUGUUGUCAACCCUUCAGUAUUACCGCACUAGAUUUACCACGCCAUCACGCUAGCAGAUGUUAGCAUUACGUUUUUUUCUUUAUGUUCUGUUGAUUGGAUUGUGAGCCUUAAGAAGAAAAACAAUGGAGAGUGGACGAGUCCUUUCAGUCAUUAACUUCCUUUUUAGACUUUUAGACUCAUUGUCGUCAAAGUCUCUUUUUUACAAAUCAGUGUUUUAUAGGUAACAGUUUGACAUUUUAGAAAAUAUACUUAGUUAUUUUCUUGGUGAUUUGGAGGAGAAGAUCAAAUAUCUGUCAGUUGUCGCAGUCAGCAUGAGGACCGAAACGGGGAAAACCAAACCCCCAGGAACAGCGCUGGGCUUUAAAGACAAUUUGACAUAGUGGACAAAAAUACUUUUUACCAUAGAGUUACAUUGGGAAAUUAAAUGUUGUAAGAUGUACUAAUAGCCAAAUCCAGAGUUAUUUUCAUUCCUCUGUUCAUAUGAAUGAGCCCGGAACUGGCGGCUGGAAGGCCGUGUUAAAGGAAACGCUAGUGUGCUUGCUCUAUGGGCCCAAUGGAUAGGGAAGAUCCACGUAAUAUUAUACUCAGAAGUCUAACUUUGUUGGUUCACUGAGCAACUUUCAUAGGAAUGUACGAGAGCCCCCCUCCCACACUGUAUCCAGUUCUCUUUAUACAUCCAUGGGGGAAACCGCUAGCUAAAGCUAAAUCUAAAGCUAAAUCUAAAGCUAGCAGUUACUUCCCGUUUAUCUACUGCUCCACACUCAAGUCCAGUAGGAAGCGUUAAUGCAUGCGGGGCCAUCUCCUGGCUGUCACUUCAUACACAGCUGUAUCGAUCUUUCCGUCUAAUUUUCAUCUAGAAAGCAAAUAAGUGUCUUUUCUUGAAAUGUCAAACUAUUGCUUUAAAAAGGUUCAGAGCGAACAAAAAGGGGAUGUCUGACCCUUCCUAUGCCUAACCCCCUCCUAGCCAUAUGCAAAAUAAUCUAACUAAAACAAGAGGAAACAUGCAUAUCAAAAGUGCCAUUGAAUAUUGCUGUUGAAGCUUAGCAGCUAUGAUCAGGUGUUGCCGGGUCCUAGAUCAACCAAUGAAGCCGGAAUACUGUUGACUUUGGCUCGCCACCACACCCGAGAGAGUAGAGUUUAGCCGACCACAUAUUCAUGUGUCCUAGAUUUUAGAGAAAUUGCUUUUAUUUCUAAUCUGAGCAGCCGAAAGAAUUAAAAUGCACAUUUGUUCAAAUGGAUGAUUAUGAAGUAUUAUUUCUAAUUGUUAACCGUGUCCUGCCUUUUUCAAAGCUUAUUCAGUGCACUUGUUAAACACACCAUUAAAAUGCUCAGAUGUCUCUUCAGGUAACAAAAUGUAGGCAAAUACGAAUCCCAGGAGUUCAAUUCAACAAUGUUUUUACCCGUCAGUAUUAUUUUUGUCUCUUGUUGUUUUGUGUUCUGUUUCAAUGUGUGUACUGUAUGUUUUCAGCAAUGGCAGUAUUAUCCCCACCCAAAAGGAGAUGGGUAUGUCUGUUUAGUCAUAGAGAACUUUUAUAUUUAUGUGUCUUAUUUUUUAUAUUUCUUUAUGGUUAUUUAUUACACUAUGUAGUGUACAAUACUGUAGUUUGUAUUAAUACGAUAAUAUAUUUUAGUAUGGAAAAAAAGAUUCAAAAGGCAAAUAACUACAAGCCUGGACAAAUGAGACUCCAGCAUACUGAAGUAUGUUUUUCGAUCAAAUAAAAUGAUGUUUUUCCUCGGAGAAAAACAAAUUGCACCCUGCAAGCCUGAAAAUUGGAACCUCUGACCUCUGUGCAUCCAUUCUCAUGUUAGUUUUCUUUCCCCCUCUUUAAUAUGAAGCUACUGAACUUUUGAAAACUAAUCGUAUGUCUAAUAGCAUGAGUGUGGGCUGUUUUAUUGAAGGAUUAUCCUUAAUGACACAAACUGUCCUUUUUGCCAAGCCAAAAUAAUAUUGACGUUUGUUCUUAUGUUUUUAUUUUUGCCAAUUUGUUACUUUAUAUGUCAGUGUCAAGACCAUGCCCACUUUUAUAUGCCCCUCCCUCUUUAACACCCUCAUCUUUUUUUUAUAGUGAUUGUUUUUUGUUUGUUUUCUUUUUUUGUUCAUUUUUUUAUGACUCCCCAUCUCACAAUAAAAUACAUCAAUUACAAGCUGC